AUGGCAGCGGGCUUUUUGAAGGCGCGGGAGUACUUUGAUAACAUGGACCUCAACGGGGACAAGCUGAUCGACAUUGACGAGUUCACCACCAUGAUUGACGUGUACGAAUUCAUGCUUGUGUUCGUGGUGAUCCAGCUGCUAAGCCCCGAGCGCGCGCAGCACCUGCCCCCCGAAAUCCACAAGACGCUGGAAAUUGUCGAGGACGCCUUCUGCUGCUUCGACGCGUCCGAGGACGGCUACCUCGAGCCACAGGAGGUGGCCGAGGUGCUCUGCACGUCAAACACCCCCGGCCGCGCGACACGCGCGCUGUCCGACAAGCUCUUCGCCCAGCUCGACUUUGACGGCUCCGGCGGCAUCAGCUUCAAGGAGUUCCUGAUCGGGCUGGAGAAGAUGGUGAUGGAGGAGUACGCUGAUGACGAGGACGGCGAGGCGGGCGGGGGCGGCGCCGGCGGGCCGGAUGCUGAUGAGGAGGAGGCGAGACUGGUGGAGGCUGCCAAGCGGCUUGCGGCACAGCAGCGGGCGCCGGGCGCGGGGGCCGGCGGCGGCGGUGGCGGGCAGAGGCGGCGCGGGCAGGCGGAGGAGGCGCGGCCCAGCGGCGACGGGCCGCGGAGGGGCAGCGGCAGCAGCGGCGGCAGCGGCGGCCGUGCGCACAGCAGCGAGGGCCGUGGACACAGCAGCGAGGGCCGCACGCGCCACGAUGCUGAGGGGCGGCACUGA